GCUGCUCACACCCCACAGCAUGCUGCGAGCAAUGGGUGCUGGCAGCCCGGCAACGGCAACAGAAAAUGAGCGAAGAAUCCUCCUAUCCACCAGCAGCAGACGAGGUCGACAGCGUGCUACGUGACAUUGCGCUCCAGAACCUACAGCUGCGCCGGCUCGCCACUGUCCUGCUGGUGGACGUCGAGUUUUUGCGCCUUUGCGAAAUAUUUGACGAGAUUGAGCGUGCCCUGCAGCGGGCAUAUUGCAGCAACGCCGCAGUUGGUCGACAUUCCAGCGGCAGCGAAACGGAGGACAUUAUUUCCCUGCUCGAGCUAAAGGUAAGGCUACUGCGGCGUUCCGGCAGGGGCUGCUUGCAGCGCAUUGCGAACUACAACGAGACACGCAAGGGGGACGCAACGGAGCGGCAGCGGAGUGGCUUCACGGAACGGCUUGAGACAGCCCUUGCACAGCUGACUCGAAAGCACAAAAACUUUCGAAAGAGUAUUAUCGACGUCAUUUGGAGUUUGGGUGAUAUUUAUCUACUGCGGGAGGUUGAGUCUUUGCUCAAAGGUACCGAUUUCCUGCACGCCACUGUGUGCAACAACCAUCAAAACGGUAUCCACUCGCUAUCAACAGCCCACAUCGAUCACACGAUCGAGCUGAGCUGCGUUCGCUUACGGUUUGCCGUCAGUUCCUUGCUAAUAAUUGCGCUCGUUCACUUCCGUGAGCUGCUCGAAACGAUGGAGAGCGAGGACAGUGUUCGUGCGCUGCAUGCCAAGCUGCAGCAGGAGAUUCGCCGCUCGCUGGACGAAGCGCUGGUGAACGAGGAAGAGCUUGCCUCCCUGCGCCAGAAGCUGUUCACGUCGGCCGACAGCCUAACGGUGCAGCGUACAAUCGCGAUCGAAAAGCGCGAAACGCGUGGACUCGAACUGCAGGAGCAGCUGCGCACUAUCGACCUGCUCGAGCUGGACCGCCAAGAAAUUGAAGGCCGCGUAACGCAGCUAAUCGAGCAGCGGGAAGCCAUCCAGAAGCAGCUGGACGAACGGCGUGCCCUGCUGCAGGACGGUCUGCACGAGAUCGUUCGGCUGGAGCACUUGAUCGAGAAAAUCGAGCGGGAAAUAUCGGAGCGCAAGGUGCGGUACCAGCAGGAAGCGCAGCAGCUCGAACAACGACGGCUAGACAUUCUCAACGAUCCCUCCUUAAGUCCGGAGGAGAGACAACGGCUGCUGGCAGAGUGUGAUGCACAGCAGCUACUGCUGCGUCAAUCGCACACGAGCAACCUUAACCUGCUGGAAGCUCGCUGUGACGAGCUGAAGCGCCAGUCCAAAAGUCUCGCCAACGAUGUGGAAGCCUUUCGCGGCGAGGUCGCUCAGAAGCAAAGCGAUAAGCUGGCGGAACUGGAACGGCAGAAGCUGCUCGCUACCACGCCGUCCCAGAUAGCGCUGAUCGAGGCACAGAUACAGCAGCAGCGGGCUGAGUUUAGCGAAAACUUCACCAUGCUCGAUCGGGCCAAGGAUCGCACCGAGUACUUCACCGACGAACAUGGCCGUUACUACGUGAACGAGGCGGGCGUGCGAAUUUACAAGCGCGAUUCAACUGCAUCCGAAUAUCAGCUCGGACCGGACGGUGAAUGGGUGAAGGUUGCGUCCGCCAUCGCACUACAGUCCGACGAGCACGGCACUUUCUAUGUAGACAAAUUCGGGCAAAAGAUUUACCAACGGCAGCAAUUUACCGACGCUAAAGGCACCUACUAUCUCGACGAGAAUGGCACGCGAGUUUACCAAACGCCCAUCGGUAGCCCCUCGUCGGACGCAUCGGACAGUGCGUUUAUGUCUCUGUUUCACCGAACCCUACCACCAUCGGCCAGCUCGCAGUCAUCACUAUUGCAGUGCGAAGAAUACCCGCCGGCGUCUCAAUCGAUGCAAGAACUGCGGGAACGUGUUGCGAUCGAUGUGGCCUACAUUCAGCAAACGGUCGGGGUCGUGCUGCGGAAAGGGCUGGCCGCUCUCACCCGGGCCAAACCGGAUGAUCCCGUCGGCUAUCUGGCGGAUUACUUAAAGCUGUUUCAGCGGAACGCGCUAGAAACGAAGCGCCAGCAGGAACUACUCGAACGCCUUCGAUUGGAAGCAGCCGAUGUUGGAAUGGAAAACAUUACACCCUGAUUGAAAAGAACGACGGUGAAUGUGAUGGGUUUUGCAUUUUCCAAUUACAGCAGGGAUUGUUUUAUCGCGAAGCGCAUCUUGGGCGAAAUGCCGGGAGAUACUCCAAAUUGUAUAUUGGGAAAGAAUCUAAAUUCUGUGCAAGGAUCAAAUUAUAUGGCACAUUAAAGUUUUAUUUUAUUUUCAUCUUGA